AUGUUAGAUGGUAUUAUUAUUCUUCUAUGUCCAUUUUUUAUUAUAUCACUUAUUUCAAUAAUAUUUGCUUAUAUUAUUGAAUAUAUUCGACGAUAUAUUAAUCAACGACGAAAAACACAAAAUCAAAUUCAAUAUUUAUCUAUUAUUAUUAUUAAUACUAGUCUUUCAUCAAAUCAACAAGAUUUUCCACCGGCAUAUGAAACUUUAUUUUUUUAA